GCUGCUAAGGACCCAACCUUCUUUUUAGUGUACCCUCAAUUAAUUAAGAAUUGUGGAGUUAAAUCUGUAGCAAUAUGCUAUUCAAGAUUCACUCACCCUGAACACAUUGUACCACCACUUUUUGCUAACAGUUUGACUGUGUAUCCUGAGUAUCCUGUGCACAUUGAUGAUCUGUCUUUCUUUCAGACAUUAUUUCCUUGUUUUUGGCAAAUGGGAAACCAAACUUUCAUACAGGAAUUCAUUUUCCUGGGCUUUUCAAACCAUCCUGAUCUCCAGGUUCUAUUCUUUUUAAUAUUUUUAGCUAUCUACACUAUUACCCUGGUGGGAAAUACUUUUAUACUAAUUCUGAUCAGAACUGAUUUGACCCUUCACACACCUAUGUACUAUUUCCUAAGCAAUCUCUCAUUUGUAGACAUUUGUUUCACCUCUACCACAGUCCCUGUUAUGCUGGUUAAUUUCUUCCAAUUGAAAAAAACAAUCUCAUAUGUUGGAUGCAUUGUCCAGCUGUUCUUCCUCAUUACUUGUGCAGGAACAGAAUGUGUGCUGCUGGCUGUCAUGGCGUAUGAUCGAUACGUGGCCAUCUGUAGCCCCUUGCAUUAUUUUAGCAUCAUGAGCAAAAGUGUUUGCAUGAAAAUGGCAGUGUUCUCCUGGUUAUGUGGCUUGACAAAUUCACUGGUGCACACCUUUCUCACAUGGUCCUUGAACAUCUGCAAGUCCAAUGAGCUCAACCACUUCUUCUGUGAUGUCCCUUUGCUGUUGAAGCUCUCCUGCUCAGACACAUGGGUCAAUAAAGCUGUGCUCCAUCUCGCCAGUGCCUUGAUAGGACUCAGCCCCUGCCUCUUCACUCUGAUCUCCUAUGUCCGCAUCAUCAGCACAAUCCUUCAGAUCAGUUCUGCCAGGGGCAGAGCCAAAGCAUUCUCCACCUGUACUUCUCAUUUGAUUGUUGUUGUCAUAUUCUAUGGAACUGCCAACUUCAAUUACAACAGACCCAGUUCAGGGUACUCCCUGGAAAUUGAUACUUUGGUUUCCUCACUGUAUUGCAUUGUCACGCCCAUGUUAAACCCAAUUAUCUACAGUCUGAGGAAUAAAGAGGUGAAGGAUGGCCUGGUGAGAAUGGGGAAGAAAUGUUUCUUUCAUCCUAAGACAUGAAGAGGACAAAAUGGGGUGGGGUGGGGUGGAUUUAAUGUGCAAUGCUAUCCUGAAAUUAUACUUGGCUGUAUAGGAUUAAGAAUUAGUGUCUUAUGCUGAGAUUAGAAUUUCUGAGUUUCUUCUCUCUCUCCCCCCCCCCCAUUUCCCCUUAGCUUACUUCAGUUGCUUCAAACUGAGUUCAAAGUGCAAAAGUAGUUUAUACUUGAUAGAAGGAAGAGGAGAAGAGGGGCAGAAUCUUGCUCUUCCUGCUAAAUUCAGGCAAAAGCAGACUGCUGCAUCCUCUUCUAGUUUGCAUAUUCUUCAUUAAUAAUAUUUUGUUACCUAGACCAUACUCUGCUAUUAAGCCAUAUGUAAUCCAGUUUUCAUCUGUGAAAAGCUGGAGGGUAUGUCAUUCUGCAACAGGUGAUGCAGUGUCUAAGCAAUGAAGUCACAAAUCAGGAAAUUCCUCAUUCAGAUCUCAUGUGCUAUGAUCUCAGUAAGUGACUUCAUGUUGUGUGAUUUCAGCUCUGCUAAAAUCAAGGUUUUGGGAAGCCCAAAAUAUCUAGCUAAUCCAGAAGGCCAAGUCAGACACAAAUGGGGUAGAAGGCAAAACCAGAGGUUUAUUUGCUAUGGACAAAGAUGAUGUCAGCA